AUGCCGCCUUCCCGCCCUGAGGAGCCGGACCUCCGACUCGACGCGGCGCACGGCCUCGCGUCGUCGGCGGAGCAACGGCGGGCGGUGCGGGCGGAGCUGCAGGGGCUCACGGGGAUGGCGCCGCUCAAGGCAUUCACGCAGCUGGAGGCCAAGGUGGAGUACGUGGCACGCGGCGGCGACCCACGCCUGCUCCGUGAUGGCGGCGGACAUGGCCAUUCGUACGAGCGGUCGGCGAUCGAGCGCUGGCUCGCGACCAAGUCGACGAGCCCGAUGACGGGCGAGGCGCUCGUGCACAGCUUCCUCGCCCCCAACCACACGCUGCGCCGGAUGAUCCGGGAGUGGCAGCAGGCGCGGGCUUGCAAAAGCCAGGCUGCGGCGGCUGGGCCGGCGAGGCGUCGGCUGCCGGCUGGUUGCGCCCGGGAGAUGGUUAGCAGCGAACAUGGCGCUCGCCGAAGGGCAAAAAUCAGGAGAAAAAAGUAUAAGUAA